AUGUGGCGUGACCGCAUAGCCAGUCAGUCGCCUGGUAAUCGCAAUGCUUCUCUUCCCCGAUCGCAAUUAUCCAGUCCGUACAAUGGUCGGGCCAACGCCGCCCGAGCUUCCUCGACCUCGCUUUUGCUGACUCCAAGUGACUCGACAACCUCUCUCCCGGGAACGCGUGCGACCAACGGGUCUCCUGUGAAGCAGAUUAGUGCCCAGCAACCGCGACCGGCCAAUGUUCCGGACCCCUUGGAGGUUUUACGUGGAAUCAUCGGGAAGGAACAUCAUGCGGAGAAGAACAUACCGGAAUUACUACCGCAAGAACGACCGACACAGUUGGUGGGAGCAAUUGAUUUUGACGGGCUGAGCCUCGAGGAGUUUCUGGCCAAGGAGGAACCGACGCCCCCAAAACGGGUCCAGGAUAGUCAUGUCAACGCCCAGACUAUUCAGCAAUUCGAACAAGAGCGCGACAAAUUCCAGGACCUGCAUACAUCCAUCACGGGCUGCGAUGAAGUGUCGAAAUCGGUUGAGGAGUAUUUGAAUGACUUCCAAAUCGAAUUGGGGGCCGUGUCAGCGGAAAUCGAAACCCUGCAAACCCGUUCUACACAGCUUAAUGCAAUGCUGGACAAUAGACGGAAUGUCGAGCGGCUGCUUGGACCGGCUGUGGAGGAGAUCAGCAUCUCUCCCAAAGCCGUGCGGUCGAUUGUCGAGGGUCCAAUUGACGAGAACUGGGUGCGAUCCCUGAAUGAAAUCGAUGCUCGUACAACCGCGAUUGAAGCGAAGGCGUCUUCCUCGAGCGGUUUCAAAGCCAUUGAGGAUGUACGGCCGCUUCUAGUAGACGUGAAACACAAAGCGAUCGAAAGGAUCAGGGACUACUUGGUGAAGCAAAUCCGUGCGAUGCGGUCGCCGAACAUCAACGCGCAGAUUAUCCAACAGCAGCGUCUGGUGAAGUUCAAAGAUUUAUUCAGUUAUCUUGCCAAAGUACAUUCAAAACUUGCAGGCGAGAUCUCCCAGGCGUAUAUCAAUACGAUGCGCUGGUAUUAUACUUCCCAUUUUAAUCGCUACCUUCAGGCACUCGAUAAGAUCAAGAUCUUCCCGAGCGACCGAAAUGAAGUCCUUGGAGGUGAUCCAUCUGCACCACGGACAGGAAAUAUUCUUUCAAGCGGCCGAGCUGGUUCUGUGGCGCAUGAUCCGUUCUCCUUGGGCAGACGCAUUGAUAUUCUGCGCGGCGGAAACCACCAGGCAAUAUCCUCAUACUUAGCGGAGGAGGAUCACACUUUCCACGGAAUUGAAGUCCCCUUCCGCAAUUUCAACCUCGCUGUGGUAGACAACAUCUCUGCCGAAUACUCCUUUCUCACCGAGUUUUUCUGUGCCCAAACAUUCGAUCAGAUAUCCCGUACAGCCGUUGAGAUAUUCCUGCCGGUUUUCACACUCGGCAAGAAUCUUACGAAGAAGCUGAUAGAACACACUACGGACUCGUUGGGUAUCUUGAUGUGUGUACGCUUAAACCAGUAUUCGGCCUUCGAACUCCAGCGACGCAAGGUGCCGGUCGCGGACUCAUAUGUGAAUGGCACCAACAUGCAGCUCUGGCCACGGUUCCAGGUCGUCAUGGAUUACCAUGGCGAGUCGCUCAAGCGUGUUGGGUCCAAUACGGGGCGCAGCGCAGUGUCUGCUCUCUCGAUCGCGGGCGGCGAUGACCUCAAGCAGUCAACGGCGCCACAUUUCCUCACCCAACGGUUUGGGCAGCUUCUGCAUGGAAUCCUCGUGCUCAGUAGUGACGCCGGCGACGACGAGCCCGUAUCUAACAGCCUUGCCCGACUGGCCGCAGAAUUCGAUUCACUGCUGGCGAAGCUGAGUCGAAACGGCACAGAUGCAAAGCACCGGGAGCGAUUUUUGUUCAACAACUAUUCAUUGAUCUUAACCAUCAUUAGUGAUACCCAGGGCAAAUUGGCCACCGAGCAGAAGAAGCAUUUGGAUGAGAUGCUCAAGAGUUGCAGCAAGCGCUAG